AUGGUCUACCAUCCCGAUUUGGAUCUCCACAAACCCUUGGACAGAGAGGUUCCAGCGACCAUUCGCCGCAGCCCGUUGCGUCCUCGUUUGGCCCUAGCCGCCUUGACGUUACAUGGAGACUUCUACAGACAGCUCCAAUCGAAGACCAAUGCCCGAAUUUUCUGGCACCCAGCCACCCAAAUCUUCAUGAUUCUGGUGCUUACCGCCACCGUGGUGUACCAGUUCCACGACUUGUGGGCCGUGCUGGACACGUGGGCCGAGUUUGGCGAUCUCGUGUUGCACAACAAGUACUUGGUUACGGCGGUGUUCCCAUCGCUCAUUUUUGUUGCUGGAACGGUGGGGCUCACGAGCUUUCUUCUUACAGACGAGAUCAGGGAGAUCAGUGACAAGUUGGGCGGCGACGCGUACCAGCAGCGGCUUUUUCUGUUUCCGUUGAAGGUGUACGCCAACUCGUCACCCAAGGACUUGGAAAACAAGGCCAGCGCCGAGUUUUUGGAAUCGGCCUCGGCGUCCACGGAGCUCAUAGAAUACAGAGAGUCGCCCAUUGCCGUCGUCACGGUGGUGCCACUUUCUGAAAAAUCUACUAAAGACACCUUCUACGCUCACAUCACCGGUUUCCACGUCAGGAAAGCGUACAAGGAGGCCGGCUUGCAGAACGAUCUUUUGGACAUUGCUGUGGAGAAGGCACGGGCCUUGGCGGCGGCCUACAUCAAGAAAAACAAGCUUAAAAAGAAGGCUCCUCGGACGGUGCUUCUAUGUGACGCAUACUCUGUGGACGAGCUCAACCGGCCUGUUCUCGAGAAAAAGGGCUUUGAGCUUAAGCUGGCUACGACACAGCUUGACCCGUUUGCCGAGGGCGAGGUCAAGGGAGAGAAGUUCUUGAGUUUGAUUCCAGAUAGUGUGGUGAAGAGGUUUUUCGGCGUAUACAGACAGACGUACGAGCUUGAGCUUGAUAAUGAGGGACCCGUGGAGGCCAGCGGUGCCGAGGUGUCCAGCUCGACGGUCAAGUCGAGGAAAGGGUAG